AUGGAACCCGAACCCGAACCCGUUAAGCAUCGGGCUUUCCCGCCCAGUAAAGAAGGGCUGAAGAAAUUGGCUGGAAAGACCUUCGGCCAUCUGUACAGGGUGGUGGAGAAACGUCAGAAGACAGGUGAGGUGAUCGAGUUAACGGAGGACGGCCGGCCCUCGGAGCAGCAGGAGAAGAAACCGCCUUUAUGUGACUGCACGUGCUUCGGCCUCCCGCGCCGUUACAUCAUCGCCAUCAUGAGCGGCCUCGGAUUCUGCAUCUCCUUCGGCAUCCGGUGUAACCUGGGCGUGGCUAUCGUGGGCAUGGUCAAUAACAGUACCAUACACAAGGAUGGCAAGAUCAUCAUCACAGAGAAAGCGAAGUUCAACUGGGAUCCAGAGACGGUGGGGAUGAUCCACGGUUCAUUCUUCUGGGGUUACAUCGUCACACAAAUACCCGGAGGGUGGAUAUGCUCACGACUAGCAGCAAACAGAGUGUUCGGGCUGGCCAUCUUCCUCACGUCCAUCCUCAACAUGCUCAUCCCCUCCGCUGCCCGCGUGGACUAUCGCUGCGUCAUCUGUGUCCGCAUACUACAAGGUCUGGUGGAGGGAGUGACCUACCCUGCCUGUCAUGGCAUCUGGAGUAAGUGGGCCCCACCACUGGAGAGGAGCCGUCUGGCCACCACCUCAUUCUGUGGAUCCUAUGCUGGUGCCGUGAUAGCCAUGCCUCUGGCUGGGAUCUUGGUCCAGUACUCUGGCUGGUCCUCCGUCUUCUAUCUGUACGGCUGCUUUGGGAUGUUCUGGUACAUGUUCUGGAUCCUGGUGUCCUAUGAGAGCCCAGAGGUUCACCCCACCAUCACCGCCGAGGAGAGACGUUACAUCGAGGAGAGCAUCGGAGAAGGUCAAGAACUAUUCGGUCCUGCUAGCAAAUACAAGACUCCAUGGAGGAAGUUCUUCACCUCAAUGCCCGUCUAUGCUAUCAUCGUGGCCAACUUCUGCAGGAGCUGGACUUUCUACCUGCUCCUCAUCAGCCAGCCAGCCUACUUCGAGGAGGUGUUCGGCUUCGAGAUCAGCAAGGUGGGCAUGGUGUCGGCCCUGCCUCACUUGGUGAUGACCAUCAUCGUGCCCAUCGGAGGACAGCUGGCUGACUGGCUACGCACCAGAAACAUCCUGUCUACUACCACCGUCAGGAAGAUCAUGAACUGUGGAGGGUUUGGAAUGGAGGCCACUCUGCUCCUCGUGGUUGGUUUCUCUCACACCAAGGGUGUGGCCAUCUCUUUCCUGGUUAUGGCUGUGGGCUUCAGUGGCUUCGCUAUAUCAGGUUUCAAUGUGAACCACCUGGAUAUCGCCCCUCGCUAUGCCAGUAUCCUGAUGGGUAUAUCUAACGGUGUGGGAACCCUGUCAGGGAUGGUGUGCCCACUCAUCGUGGGGGCCAUGACCAAAAACAAGACUCGAGAGGAGUGGCAAUGGGUGUUUCUCAUCGCUGCCCUGGUUCACUACGGAGGGGUCAUCUUCUACGGGAUCUUUGCUUCGGGCGAGAAGCAGCCGUGGGCCGACCCGGAGCUGACCAGCGACGAGAAGUGUGGCUUCAUCGACGAGGACGAGCUGGCAGAGGAGACGGGUGACAUCACACAGGGCUACAGUGGUGGCAUGGCGGCAGUAGGCGCAGGGAAGAGUUACGGGGCCACUACAACUGGGCUCAACGGGGGCUGGGUGGCACCAGACAGCUGGGAGAAUGUAGAGGAGGAACCAGCUGGGCAGACCUGGGCAGAUUGAGAUUACUCAUAGAACAGGGCCGUGUGUAUCGAGUGUAUCAGCUCAGAAGUGCAGAUUUUGGAUCAUGUUUUGCCUUUUAUAUCAUAAUAAAUACUAUUAGGUGGCUGAUCCUAGAUCAGCUAUCCUACUCUGAGAUGCUUGAUACAUAUGGCCCCAGAUAUAAUCAUGUUAUGGCAGCGGUGGGGGUGUUCUAGCCUGGUUUCUGAUCUGUUUGUGCUGUCUUGCCAACGCCUACAAUGACUAUAGACCACUGCUACAAUGACCACGGCACAAACAGAUCUGGGGACCAGGCUAGGGUAGUUCACCCACUAAAAGAGAGAGAGAGAGAGAGAGAGAGAGAGAGAGAGAGAGAGAGAGAGAGAGAGAGAGAGAAAUGCCAUUGUGGUUUGCACAAAUUAGUAUAAAAAAAUUAGAUACUGUAUGUAAAAUAUUUACGUAUAUUGAGAAAGAAAAUGUAAAAUAAUAAAAUCACGCGUUGGUUCCACACAAGCAGGUUAAAAUAUCAGUGUAAAAUAUAUUUCCAGUUAUAUAAUCCCCAUGUCGCACAUCUAGAGCCUUCGAUCCUAGCAGUUUAAGGGCAACGGUAGGCCUAGUCAUUAUACCUUCAAGGCUCCCUAACCUCAUAAAAAAUGUACUUGAAACAACAAACGAGCCAGAUAUGGUGAACGUCAUAGGUCUAUAAAACCCUUGUCUGAAAUAUCACUUUCUGAUUGCACUGAUACUGUAAGUAUUAAAAAAAAAAGAAAAAAAAACGUUUAAAAAAAAACUAGAUAUUAUUAUAUUUCUUAUCAAUGGCGUUUUAUGUACUUUAUAGAUAUACUGUUUCUGUGAGACUAUUGUGGAUUUGGGUCUUCGAUCUGUGUGACAAAUUGAUGUAAAAAGGCCAUAUUUUUCACGGACAUAAUCUUUUCAGGGAGUUGUAUGAUUCGCUUACGAAACAAAGUCUUGUUCUUGAGCAAGGCCUAAACAACUAAGGAAAAGACUUAAACUAGUGUGUGUGUGUGUGUGUGCGUACGUGCGUGCGUGCGUGUGUGUGUGUGUGCGUGCGUGUGUGUGUGUGUGUAAAACUCAGUGUAAUAUUUAUAUGUGCGUUGUUGCAUGAAUUUGCUCAAAUAGAUGUUUCUGAUACAGCUUUUUCAUAGCCACUGAUAGUCCUCAUCCCUUUCACUGCUAUAUUUUGAAAUAAUAUGUCUAGUAAUAACAUGGACUUUUAUGUUCAUAUGUUCAUAUAUAUGUUCAUAUAUGGUAUUCAUGAGAGAUAAAAAA